AGAAGGGAUUUGUUCUGGUUGCUGGAUGGCGUGUGAAUAUUUGCCUCCUAUAAAUAAGUUUCUCCCUCUGUUUAUUAGGAGAACCCUGGCUCCCUCUGAUUGAGCUGCAGGUUUCUAUGGAGACAGCGUCCUGGCAACAACUCUCAGCAGCCGUUUUCUUCCCAUCUACCAGGCCUAGUGGCAGCAGGCCCCACGGAGAGGGAGAGGACCUGGCUUCCACUAGCAGCAGGAAGGGACGGAUGGACAUCCAGGCUGUCUAGCUGCGCUCUAUGAAUCUUUGCAUACAACUAUCCCAGAAGUAAAAACAUAUUAAAAAGCCGAGCAGAGACAUCCAUCAGAGAGGUUGCUAGGAUGCAAGGGAAGGAUGGGCAGCCAUGUCCUGCCCUAAUCCAACACUGGACAUACAUACACUUCCAGAACUGCAGAGAGCUGCGUGGAAUUUAAAUGCUGGUGGACAAGAUGCUGGAGACUUGGUCCCUGAAAAAGUGCUGAAUUUACGGCUUGAUCAAACAUAAAUUAUUGAAAAGAAAAUGGCACAGCGAAGCCCAAUCUUUCCGACACUUGCCCCUACUGAAAGACGGAUUCGAAAUAUACCACUACACAGCCAAGCUUUGACCGCAGUCCCAUUAGCAUCUGCAAGUCUCGUGGAUCAGCUAGAAGACAGAAUUCUAAGCCAUGAGAAAACAACUGCUGCCCUUGUGGAACACGCUUUUCGCAUUAAGGAGGACAUUGUUUCCACUUUGCAUAGAAUGCAGAACAAAGGGGGAGGAGAUCGGUUGGCUAGGCAACUCUUAGAGGAACACAUCAGAAACAUAACGGCAAUAGUGAGGCAGCUUAACCGGGACAUUGAGACGCUGCAGGAACAGAUACGUGUCAGGGAUAACCUCAGUUAUGGAACUAAUUCUACCUUAAAGAGCCUGGAAAUGCGACAGUUGUCUGGUUUGGGAGAUCUUCGGGGGAGAGUUGCAAGGUGCGAUGCUGGUUUAGCCAGAUUGUCUGCAGAGCACAAAAUUACGUAUGAAAGACUUCAAAGCCUAAGCAAAGACCAACAAGCUUCUAAAAUGAUCUUGGAAUCUAAAGUCAAAGAGGCAGAAAUACAGAUUUCUUACCUUCUGAGCAGAGUAGAGCAGUCAAUAAUGCAACAAGAAGCAAAACUGAAGAUUACCUACAAAGAGAGCAACCAACAGCUCCACCUUCUGGAUGUUAAAUUAAAAGGUGCGGUAGAGGAACUCAGCAGCCAGAUAUUGUCUGCCCGCAGCUGGUUGGAACAGGAACAUGAACGGAUUGAAAAAGAGCUUUUACAGAAAAUUGAUCAGUUUUCCUUGGCCCUUAAGGAAAAGACCGCAAUGAGUGAAAGGGCCAUAGAGAUGAGAUUCAGCCAGAUGGCAGAGAAACUUGAUAAAAUAGAAGAAAUACAAAAUAUAACCGUAGAAGAACAUGGAACAAAACAAGCUGAAGAGAAGAUAAAUAUUCGAAUCAGCAAGCUUCAGAUGGAGAUUAAUGAAGAUAUAAAAGAAAUGAAAGCUGAAGUUAAUGCUGGGUUUGCGGCUAUCUAUGAGAGCAUUGGGUCCCUACGGGAAGUUCUAGAAGCCAAAAUGAAACUUGACAGGGAUGAGCUACAGAAGCAGAUUCACCAAAUGAAACAGGAAGUUCCGACAUAGGGAGAGGCGAGACUAUGACUGAUCACAAGAUUUAUUCAGAGAGAAGAGCAUUUAUGUGUCUAAAUAGGCUGCAGCCUCAUUCCAAUCUGUAAUUAAGUGCAUACACCAAAUAACAUGCUUCUGUUCCACAGGUGUGUAUGUUUACUGUAAGCGGUAAAUGCAAGCUUUGAAUAGCUAAGUUGAUAAAUAAUUUUUAGUGAGCAAAGCCCUAGCUCACCAUUGUCUUACUUCAGUUGAUUUCAGUGGAGUUACAGCUGUUUAAAAGUGGAGUAACACAUUGGUGAAUGCGAUGCCAAAUUUGUUAAAGGCACCUCAGUGCUGCCUACACUUUUGUGGGUUCUGAAAUAUUAGCACUUGUACCCAUAGUUAAUUGCUCUGUUUAAAAGUCAAGCCUUAACAGGUCAAUAUCACUUUGCAAUUCACCAUGUUGCCAGAUCUUUCUCCCAUUGAAGUCACUGGAAAUGUUCCCAUUAACUUCACUGGGAGCAGAACUGGCUUCUAACAAACCAGUUUUUAAAAUCCAAAUACCAUCAUAAAUGACACCUUUGCUUCAUUUGUAAAAAUAUUGUGUGUGUGCAUGCAUGUGUGCGUGUGUGUUAACUAUAUAGUAUUAUAUUUUGUAGUUGUAGGCUAAGAAUAAUCCAUUUGAGCAACACAAGCAACUUAACAUGUCAUUCGAAGUCCUUAGAUAUUGUGAUCUUUCUAAUUAAUAUCUAGGUAGAGCUGAGAUGGGGGUGAAGGAUAAUGUAUACAGUAUUUUGUUGUAAGUUUUAAUAUCAGUUGUAUUCUUGUGCAUUGUUUCAUUAUGUCAGUGUAAACUUUGGGGGUUUUGCUGUCAGUGGAGAAAGUGAUUAUUCAAAUAAUUCUGGAGAAUAUGAUGUAAAAAUAAGAUGCAUUUUGAUGUAUCUUAAAAUGUUUUAUGAUCUGCUAAGCAUUUUUAUUGCUGAUGUAAGACAAUUGACUCUUCAAAUUUAAUUUAUUUAAGUAGGUUUUAAUAAUUUAGCACGGAUAAGUAGAUUUGAAUUAGUAUUGCAUUUUACAAAAUUUCCAAAGAAUAUUUUAAUCUCUUAAUGUACUUUAUAUUACACUGGUGCUUAUUUCAAUUUCCAUAAUAGAUUACACAAUGAAAAUUAGCACCAGCACUGUGUGUAGUAAUCUAGAUGGGAAAACAAAUAUUUUAUAUAUUCAUUCAGGGCCUAAUCCUGCUCCCAUUAUCGUCAAGUGGUGCAGG